AUGAUAAGCAUCUACGAUUUACCUGAAUACCUUCACAGUUUCGAUUUAUGUGUAGCAUCAUUCGCAAUGUUUUUCAACUGUUUUCUCAUUUAUCUUAUCUUGACAAAGUCUCCUGCACAACUUGGAGUCUAUCGGUAUCUAAUGGUUUUCAUUUCUGUUUUUGAAGUGUUGUAUUGCAUACUGGAAGUUUGCCUGGUUCCGAUUCACUACUCUUACCGGUCGAGUGUUGUUGUCCUUAUAAGGACAUCUGACAAAAUAUUCAACAGACAGACACUCCUCUUCCUUGAUGCAUUUUAUUGGGGAUUUUUCGGAUCAUCCCUUUCAAUUUUCGCAAUUCAUUUUGUAUACAGAUAUCUGGUUAUAAGUGGAAAUCCGUUGCUCAGAACAUUUCAAUCUUGGAAAUUCAUUCUUUGGCUUCUGAUACCAAUUGUUGUUGGAUUCAUGUGGGCGUUCACUGGGAUUGUUCUGUGUGCACCUACGGAAGAAUUCACAGAGUUUAUGAGAAAACCAAUAAAAGAAGUAUUCGAUGAGGAUAUCGAAGAAUUCGAAUAUCUUGGAGCAUUCAUGUACGAGAGAAGUUCCAAAAACAACAGUUUUCUAGUUUAUUGGGGACCGAUUGCUGGAAUGAUUAUCAUGUGCCUCACAGUAUUUGCCUCCUUCAUUGUAAUUGUUGUUAGUGGAAUCAAAUGUUAUCUACGCAUCAAGCAAUUGAUAAGCAAUGUCUCAACAACUUCAUCUAGAUGUCAAGCUCUUCAAUCACAACUUUUCCACGCAUUAGUCGUACAAACCUUAAUACCGAUGAUUCUUCUUCAUACUCCAGUAACUUUGAAGUUUGCGUUUGCUAUAUUUGAUGCAGGACUUGGCCCGUAUUGUUUCUUUAUGUCAAUGACGAUUGCCUUAUAUCCAGCAAUUGAUCCACUCCCAAAUUUCUUCCUCAUAAGUCCUUAUCGGAAAGCAAUUAAAAAAAUCUUGAAAUUCUAUUUGUUGGGCAAAAAGCCGAAACCAAAUGCUGCCGAGCAGGUCAAUCAGACAUCAAUGACUUAG